AUGCGACCGAUAUCGGUCGCAUUUCAUCAAGAUCGAUCACCAUUUGUCAAUAUUUACGGUACAUUUGGUCAUCCACAUAUAUGGCCACGAGGAUUUCCCGUUGAUGAACUGAAAAAUGUCACCGAAGACGGAUGGAGCUCCCUGAGACGAAAUAAUGAGCAGCUAGUAAAUGUAUACAUUCAGCAGUAUUUGGCCGAUUUGGACCUGGAUGUCGAUGGUCACUCCUGA